UAUUGUUCGGAAGCUAGAUCUUAAUUAUGGACAAGAUCAGUCAGUUGCCUGAUGAGCUGCUACUGAAAAUAUUGGCAAUGCUUCCCACCAUGAAAGAAGUUGUGGACACUAUGCUUUUGUCAAAACGAUGGCAGUUUCUUUGGAUGAUGGUUCCAAGAAUCAAAUACAAUGAUACCUAUAAGAACCCCAAGUAUGGAAGCUUUUCUCUGUUUGUAGACAGAUCUUUCUUUAUGCACGAGGCUCCAGUUAUAGAAGCUUUGCAUUUCAAACUUGGUAGUAUUUGCGGUAGUGAGGAUAUUCAAGCGUGGAUGAGAUCUGCUGAUAAACGUUGUGUGCGUGAGCUGACUAUUCAGAUUGAUACUUUUACUGAUAAAGAUUCAGUCUUACUUCCUUGGAGCUUGUAUGGUGGGGGAUGUAGAAUUCUUGUGACCUUGAAUCUAAUUAAUGCAGUUCUCGUGGAUGAUUUUACUUCACCAAUUUCUUUCCCAUCCCUCAAAACGUUGAGUCUUAAAUCCAUGAAGUAUCCAAGUGGAGAAUUUGUCAAGAAUCUGUUAUCCAAAUGUCAUGUCCUUGAAGACUUGGUUGUGGAGCAAUGUCAAGCUGACAAUGUUAACAUUUUCACUGUUAUCGUCCCUUCUCUAAAGAGUUUAGUAAUGAAGACACUAGAUAACAGAGUUGGAAACGAUACUCAAGGGUUUGUGAUAGAUGCUCCUUUUUUGGAAAACUUGGACAUUUUUCAUUCGAGUGGAUUUUGUAUCUUUGAGAAUGUUAUGACUAAGAUUUUGGAUGCAAAUGUUGUCGUUAAUUCUUGGAAGUUAUGGAAGAAGUUGGGUUCUAUUGCUUCCUUCAAGCGUCUUUAUCUUUGCGUACCAUCCUCAAAGGAUGUUUAUCCUGCCGGUAGUGUCUUCACCAGUCUUGUACAUUUCAAGAUAUGCACAUGUGAGACAGAAUGGGUGAAUCUACUUAUGUGUGUUCUCAGGGAUUCUCCUAAUUUACGGUCUCUCAAGCUUCAACAGUGUCAUUUCCUUCGAUCUGAAAAGCCACGCCCAUGCUGGAACCCGUCCUGGAAUGAACCGAGUUCAGUUCCUGAAUGUUUUUUAUCAAGUCUUGAAACUUUUGAAUGGGUACAUUAUGAAGGAGCACAAGAAGAGAAAGAAGCAGUAGCGUUUGUUUUUAGAAGCGCAAAGUGUUUAAAGAAAGCAACUAUUAAUAUCUACAGUAAAACAAAUGACAUUCACAAGAAACUUGAGGUGAUCAAGGAGUUGUUCUCCUCAACAAGGCUUUCACCAGCCUGCCAGCUUGAGUUACGCUAAAGUUAUGAGUGAGAAUCAAGUAACAUCUUUUGGUUAGUUUCUAGAGCUGAAUCUUAGACAAGAAAGUACAACUUGUUUUGUUUUUAUUUUCUACAUUUAUAGCUCAUUCAAUUUGAACAGUUU